AUGAAUUUGUUUUUAGUUACUGAAAAUCUUUUGAGAAAGAGUUCUGAGCAUAAUGAUGGUAUGUUAUCGACGUUGGAAGAAUUGGCUUUACACCAGAGAGAUAUUGAAAGGAUUGAGUGGCUUGAUAAGUGGUGCAGGGAGUUGAAAAUUUUGGAUCUGACAAGUAAUUUAAUACCAAAAAUAGAAAAUCUUAGCAGACUUAAAAAACUUGAGUAUUUAAAACUUGGUUUAAAUAACAUAGAAGAAGUCGAAAAUUUGGAAGGAUGUGAAUCAUUAAAAAAACUGGAUCUGACUGUGAAUUUCAUAAAUAAAUUAACAAGCAUUGAAAGUUUAAAAAACAACAACAACCUUGAGGAACUGUAUUUAGUAGGAAAUCCAUGUACCCAGUUUGAACAUUAUCGCUCCUACGUCAUAGCCACUCUCCCACAGCUUGCUAAACUGGAUGGAAUAGAAAUAACAAAAACGGAAAGAAUCAUUGCCUCUCAGCUGUACGAAGAGGCCAAGGGUGAAAUUAUUAACCAGCAAAAACGAAAUCUUCUUGCCAGGGUAACAUUUAACAAUUUCAGUGUUAUUUAUAUAUAUUUUUUCGACAUUAACUUUUACAGGAAAAGCAAAAAUUGGAAAAAACAUGCUUCCAAUGAUGCUCCCAAUGAUGCUUCUCCCAAAGAUGCUCCCAAUGAUGAUGUGAACGACGAUAGCUUUUGGUCUAAACCAUCAGAAUACACGCCUGAAUCAAGAAUAUUGAUAUACGAACACAAGCAGAAGAUGUCGCAAACAGACCAACGCAGAAAUGAAGAAACAAAGAAAGUAAGAAAAUUGGUUGCAGAGGACGGAAGAAGGCUGAACAUCAAUGAACCCAAAUUGAAAUUCACGCUUACCGAAGAUGUUGAAAAAAACAAUCUCGUGUUGGACAUCGCGUUAUUCAGAUUCUUAGAUUCGAAAUUAUGUGAAGUUGAUGUACAGCCCACCUACGUUCAAGUUAUUGUUAAUACAAAAAUUUUCCAACUAUCAUUACCAGACGAUGUUGUUGCAGAAAAGAGCAAAGCUGAAAGAUCAUUAGUUACAGGACAUCUUGUUAUAACUAUGCCUAGGGUUUGA